AUGGCCACUCCGCAAGAGCAGCAAAACGCAGCCAGUCCUGAGUCUCAUCAACAGACCAUCCACCCGAGUCCGACCAGCAGCGUUGCCUCCCAAAUCGUGGAGGACAUACCAGCUGCUGACUCCAGGGAGACUUUGAAUCUCGAGGAGGAAGGAGAAAGAGAAGAUUGUGGAACUGACGAGGGAAAAAAGGAGGAUGAAUCUGGAGAAACUUCAGAGGAGGACGAGAGAGGGUUCCUCAAUAAUAUCUCUCAGAACACCUUGGCCCGAUGGCUUCGUCUAUCCCAGAUGGAUAGGUUCGACGCUUGUAGGGCGAGGAUAAACAGGCUCACAGAGUUCACGGACUUAGACUGGACCAAACAGCUCAAGGAUCUUGCUUCUGAAGUACAGCGGUGCCGUUCGCAAGUCUUAGACCUACGGGAAGCUCUGUCAACCGUCAUACAGGAGCCUAAAGAGGAGCCGAAACCAAGACGAUAUGCGAUCCCCAAAUUGAACUUCGUCCCGUGGAGUCAGUUGGCCAAGCCCCAAGAUCCGGCAGAUGUCCAUGCCGCUAUUGAUGUGUCGUUCAAUGAGCCCACAAGCGUGGACAUCCUCGAAGUUCGCAGUGAGGCAAGAUCUUCGACUGAUUUGACGACAAGCGAGGCUCAUGAAGCGCCCCCUGUAGCCGAUAAGAUACCGGAGAGGAUUAGGAUCAGUUCCGUGCGGCUCCUGUAUUUUCUCGAUCUCGGCUUCUGCAAUGGGACUUUACGAUUCGUCAGCCCCGAGAUCGGUUUUUACAUCCUCCGACCUUUCAAACUCGUGUUCUACCUCGAAGAACGAAUUCGCACCCGCAUCGGAGAGUUUGAGCACCUACGCCGUCAGCUGAAAGAGAUGACCGAGGAGGAAUACGCGGAAGAGUUUGAGAAGAACCCAAUUCCAGACGAAGAAGUAUACCAUCUCGGGGCCGAGCACAGCAUGGGCAUCUCACAGUUGACUGGGUUCAUCAACGACUGCCGCUGUUUGACUACGCAAUUUCUGGAUCAAUAUCUUGGACCCGAGAUUUCAAGGCUGCAGCAAGGCCCCGACGCGGUCCGCUUUGUGGAUCUUUGGUUCCUGUUUCCGCAAGGCUCUCUGAUAUACUGCAAAGAUCACAACAUACCACAAAAACUCUGGAAGGUGGUCCAAAGGACCGGUGGCCGCAGGUAUCAGAGAAGGCCCGAAUCGAUGCCCCAGGGCGAAUAUCGGACCGUCUUUUCCCCCUUCGUCCUCGACUGCUAUUUCCUCGACUAUGACGGUGUUCGCUUCGUUCAGACCUACCAUCAAUUUGAGAUCACUGAGUAUGAAGGCGUUCAACCAGUGAAGGGGCUCUCAAUACUACCACUGAUGAUCGCCGAGCGUGAUCUCCAAUUGGUGAAUCGGCAAGCGUUGCUCCAUCGUGCUCACCAGUUUCUAGAACUGUCCAAAGGCGUGAACCACCGGUACUACAGCGGUCGGAGUAAUGGUAUGACACCGGAUGGUUUCAAGUUAAGCGAUCUGAACGACCAAUGCCCCCGAAACGUGUCUCACUAUUCGGAAAGGAUUGAUAGCGAGGUGAUCAUCGAUUUUUCUCGGGCCUUCCAGGAAAUCCCUUGGUGGCGACCGAGCGGCAACGAGCCUAAGUUCUACAAAGCCAACAUAGCAGAGUAUGAUAGAGACGGUUUCGAUAGGGAUGGAGUGUGGGACGAGAAACUCACAAAUGACUUUCUGGAAACGGAGAGCCGCAAGUGGCGAUCAUGGGAGCACUGGGGACAUGGACCACAAGACGAGAGCGACUUGCUCCUAUUGCCAGACAGAGUUUUCGCUUUUGUCUUGAGAAGUAGAAAGUGGGCGUCUAUCCAACUAGGGUCAGGAGAAGACGGCCUGAAGCGAAUUUCGGAGUUGACACGUUGCGAAGAGCCAUGGAACAGCUUGGAGCUCCCACAGGGCCACAAAGAGAUUCUGCAGUCUCUCAUUGCCUCUCACUUCUCCAUGGGGAAAUCGAAGAGCGUUCACUUCGAUGCAGUAAGAGACAAAGGAAAGGGUGUGAUUAUCUUACUGCACGGAGUUCCGGGCAUUGGUAAAACUUCUACCGCUGAGUGUGCUGCAGAAAGCAGUGGCAGGCCGUUGCUUCCCAUCACAUGCGGCGAUCUGGGGCUCUCCCCUGGCGAAGUCGAAUCGAAGCUGCAAGAGAUAUUCAGGCUUGCUCAGGCCUGGAAUUGCAUCCUGCUCCUCGAUGAGGCGGAUAUCUUUCUGGCACAGCGCACCGUGACAGAUAUGCAAAGAAAUGCCCUUGUGUCUGUCUUCCUUCGAACGCUGGAAUACUACGAAGGCAUCUUAUUCUUGACAACGAAUCGAGUGGGCGUUUUUGACGAAGCGUUCAAAUCCCGCAUCCACAUAUCACUUUACUAUCCGCCACUUGAGAGGCUGCAAACCCAACGAAUCUGGCAAUCUCACAUCAAGAAGGCUCUCAAUGCCGGGAUCCUAGCCAAUGAGGGGGACUUGCUCGCCUUUGCUGAGCAGACUUUCAACAUGCAAAGUAGACCUGAGUCCGGGCCGGUGUGGAAUGGGCGGCAGAUUCGAAACGCAUUCCAAAGCGCCGUGGCCCUUGCUGGGUUCUAUUCCAAUGGAGAAGAGCUCAUUCGGCUCCAACCCAAGUACUUCCAGAGUGUUUUCGACGUCUCAGACAAGUUCAAUAACUACAUCUGGAAAACGAAGCAAGGGCAAACGGACGCGGACUGGAACAAGAUGUUGAUGACGCGCCGAGACGACUUCAUGUACGCUCCAGUGAACCUUCAUGCAGCGGCUCAUCAGGCGCAGCAGCCUUUUCUCGGAUCCUUCCAGCCCUCAACGUUCGGCACAGGCAUUCAAAGCCCAUUGAAUACCUACGGUGCACAUGGUCAACAACAUAUGGGUACGUCCUUGGGAUUGAAUCAGUUUCCCCCAUCCGUACAACCAGUCAACAACAUGCAGCCCAUGGGGAACUCGUACCUGAGUCAGCCCGCUGCGUUCACCUCGCAGCCACUGCAACAAACACAACCUGCACAGUAUCAACCACAGUUUGUCACCCAGAUACCACUGCACACGCCACAACAGCAGCCUCAAGCUCCGAGUCAGCUCAACCAGCCCGUGCAACAACAGUCUCAACAUCAAGCCUCACCGCAGCAGCAGGCACAAAAUCCACAGUACAGCGGCUAUGCGGAUAUGCCACAACAACACGUUCAGCAAGUUCCGGCAUCUCAACCUCAAUCGUUUGUGCAGUCAUCGCAAGGGCAGCAAGGAUUUCAUUGA